GAAGAGUUACGUCACUUCCGCUACCGUACAACGAUGGCGUCCUCCUCGACGGGAGACGGCAUGAGUGAGGCUCAAACAGGAAAAAAGUCAAAAAAGACCAAAAGUCAAGUGGAUGAAUCUGAACUCCUGACUGUUCCUGAUGGGUGGAAAGAGCCCACCUUCAGCAGAGAUGAUAACCCCCGCGGUCUGCUGGAGGAGAGCAGCUUUGCCACCCUCUUCCCCAAAUACAGAGAAGCCUACCUGAAGGAGUGCUGGCCACUUGUGGAGAAGGCAUUAGGAGAGGCACACAUCAAAGCCUCUCUGGACCUGAUUGAGGGAAGCAUCACCGUUAGCACCACGAAGAAAACCUUUGAUCCAUACGCAAUCGUGAGAGCCAGAGAUCUCAUCAAGCUGCUUGCCAGGAGUGUACCGUUCGAACAGGCUGUGCGGAUAUUACAGGACGACAUGGCGUGUGACAUCAUCAAAAUUGGGACCAUGGUGAGGAACAGGGAGCGGUUUGUGAAGCGAAGGCAGCGGCUUAUUGGUCCCAAGGGCUCCACCCUAAAAGCGUUGGAGUUGUUGACUAACUGUUACGUGAUGGUGCAGGGCAACACAGUAUCAGCCCUCGGGCCCUUCAACGGCCUCAAAGAGGUACGAAAAGUGGUGAUGGACACAAUCUCCAGCCACCAUCCACCACCCCGUGUCGGUCAUCAGACUCUGAUGAUCAAACGGGAGCUCUCCAAAGACCCCGACCUUCGGGUGCAAAGCUGGGAACGUUUCCUGCCCAAGUUCCGCCACAAGAACCUGGCCAAGCGCAGGGAACCGAAGAAGAAGAGUGUGAAGAAGGAGUACACGCCGUUCCCGCCAUCGCAGCCAGAGAGCAAGGUUGACCAGGAGCUGUCCACGGGAGAGUUCUUCCUGCGUGAGAGUGUGAAAAGGAGGAAGAAGAUGGAAGAGAUCAAGGUAAAACAAGCAGAGGCUAUGACGAAGAAGCAGGAAGAGCGGAACAAAGCCUUCAUUCCUCCCAAAGAGAAGCCGUUAAUGAAGAAAUCAAUCAAAGCUCCGACAGAAGGCAAGCUGGACAUCGAGGCCUUCAAAGAGAAGGUGAAAAAAGCCAAAACAAAGAAACUUGGAGCUCCACCAGUGAACACAGCUCCUCCCACAGGUAGAGCCACCACAAACAAAAAGAAAAAGAACAAAGGCUAACAAGAGACCAUUGGAUGAAUGUGUACCAUGUGAGAUGGUAUUUGUUGGACUGAGAAAGGACACAUCCAGAUGGGACUCGGAUCACAAUUGAUCAUGGACUUCUUUUAUUGAACACUUUUUGUUGAGAGGACUUCUUGCCCAUUUUCAUUAAUCUGUUUUGGAGACCAAUCCCCAGUCAAAGAAGAUGAACACACCACCAGUGACUGACAUCAUACAGUUUCCUUUUUUGCUAACUGUAAUCCAGACUUUGUGUGGUGGAUUUUUAUACGUUUCAAAGUACAUUUUCCUCUUCUUUUCUUAGACAGCAGUUUGUUUGCUAGGAGGUAGGACUGAAUUAGCGGACAAUGUGAAAUAAAAUAAAAAAGAUUUUAACAACUUGGA